AUGUCUAUUCCAGCACUUCCAGUUUCCCUCUCUCCUCCCCUCAGCGGCCGCGAUGCAGUCGCCGAUGCCCUCUACCGCUGCGUCAUUGGUCUUGACACAGCCGAUGAGGCUCUCUUUAAAUCAGCUUUCACCAUCGAUGCUGUCUUUGAUAUCAAUGGUACCAUUAUGAAUGGUCUCGAGGCUAUCAUGAGCGAAUGCUACGUCAAUAUCGCCAAGAUGGACACCAACCACUUCCUCAGCAACAUUCGUAUCAACAUUAUGGAUGGAGACUCGAAAGCUCAAGUGACAUGCUCUGCCCUUGCCCAACAUUAUCGUGGGGGAGAGGGUAUGAAGCCAGGCUCUGAGCCACUACUUGCGGGCUCAUUGUAUUGGGUGGAGCUCGUUAAUGAUUCUGCAGAUGGCCUGUGGAAGGUUAAACACUGGACUCUGAAGUCGAGUUGGGGACAGGGUGACUGGACCGUUUUUGGAAAUUAG